GACAGAAGUGUACCUCUGCAACUCGAGACUUGCACCCCUUCCAUUCCUUCAACACUUACUGCCGCCGCCCACUUUGCUCUACUAUCCAAUCCUCCACUCUCCAUCGCAGAAGUAGACCAACCAGCAAGACAACUAACGAAGCGCGCCCACCAGACCCGUCUCGUGCCUUCUUGUCACGGACGCGGGCCGCCGCCCCAUUCCAUUCUCCAGACAAGCAGUUAGGCAUUUACAACUUAUCUGUACCGACCACCAGCGAUACCCAUCCAUCCGUCCCACCCUUACCGAUACCUACACCUGUUUCUGUCGUCACUUUGCCUGCAACAAGCGACCAGCAAGCAACGACUACGGCCAACGCCCCUCCAUUUACGCAACAACAAUAACAUAAACAUACCUACCUACCAAGCUACCACCCAGCUUGCCUCUUUUUCUCGUUUACCAGCUAUAUCAGUAGAACGCGAAGAAUACAUUCUCUUAUAUUACAACAUCGUACCACAGCCGACGUGCCCGCCGCCCUGUCUCCCCCGCUUUCCACCUUCGCGAGACCGGCCGUGCCAUUACAACCCACAACACCAACCGCUUAGGUUCACCCACGUAGAACAACAUAGGCCCUUGGCCGAGGCACGACAACCGACAAAAUGCCCUGUUUCAAGGGCAUUGCCGUGAGCAUUCACGCCAACGGAGCGCCCCUACCCGAAUAUGGCAUCCAGAAACAGUCCCGCGUCUCGCGAAUCAACACCUACAUCCCCGUACCUCAGCCCCAGAUCAGCCCUGACUCUGGCAGGCCCGAGGCCGCCAAGUUCGCCAUCUCCAUCACCCUGCUCACCCCGGGUCUGGCGAUACCCUACUCGACACCCAAGGCCACGGAGAACAAUCCCUAUCCGAAGCCGGCCUUUGUCGGCACCAUGCCCACCAGCACGGGCGAGCGUGGAAAGUACCAUGGCGUUGUGGCUCCUUACAUUCCUAUGACGAAUAGUGAGAACGAGACCAUCGCGGCCUACAUCUACUUUGACGGCAGGGCCAAGGAGGAAGUAGCUACUCUGUUGCGCCCCGGCGAGGAAACCUGGGUCAAUAGCAGGUGGGUUCAGGUACCCCCAUCUGAAGGCGGAGGUUUAGCCGAGCGCGAGUUCCUCUUCCGCGAGGUCGGUCUCGAGAGAUGGCUCAACGGCCUGGAUCUCCAAGGCCAUGACGCCGCCGAGAAGCUCGAGCGCCGCAGGCAAAAGUUCGAGAAGCGCCGUAGGAGGCAAAAGGCCAUUUCCGAGGGCAACGCAGCUUCGGGCCGUCUGCAGGGUACCCUUAGGUAUGGAUCCGAAGACAGGCCGGUCGAGGCCGUAGACGAAGAUGCCUCGCUUUCCUCCUCGGAUGACGACGAGCCCCCCGAGGCCACUGGACAGAUUAAGGUGGCUAUGUUCCGCGUUAUUGCGUCUGGUGAAAUCAAAAAGGGAGAAUACAGUCCCCAGUUCGACGCCCAUGACGACGACGACGAGGAAGGCGGCUCCAAGAGCGGCAACAAUGGGAUCGAUGCGGAUGUGGAACACACCACUAGCUUUGCAAAGCCCAAGACACUUGAUCCGAAAACUAUUAGCACUCAGACAGUAACCGGUAUCGACGGGCCAGAGAAGCCUUAUGCCGUUUUUACCUUUUUCUACCGCGGCGAGCGCCAACUACAGAAGAUGGGCGUCCUGGCCUCCGAGAAGCAGCAAGUUACCAGUCCAACUGCCGCCAAGCGACGAUCCGCACAGCUCGACUUCUCCAGCCUGGGACCUUUGAAGAAGCAAGGUACUGUGGGCUUCUCGACAUUCCGUGAUCGCGAUGCAGAGCCGAGGCCGAAGAAGUCGCGCAAGAACACCAAUGGCAAGGCCGGUGCCAUGGAUGAAGAUAGCGAUGACGAAGAUGAUGACGAGGAUAUCAGCGAUAAGAUGCUUGCUGAUGACGAAGACAAUGUCGACCCUUCCAAGCAGGGUCCAGAGGACGUCAAGUUUACUGGAGAGUUGGCGGAUGGAGUAAAUCGCAUAAAGCUCAAGCGUGCUCACGACGCGGGUCAAAGCAGCACCACUGAUACACAAGCUGGAGGAUCCGCCCCAGAGAACGGAAGCGCGCCAGGAACGACCGCUGGUCUGUCAUCACUAUUCCCCAAGAGCCUAACCGGCGAGGCCGCCGCUGUGGGUAGUCCCAUGAAGAAGGCUCGUGCGAGCGUAGACGACGUGGGCAGUGAUGUGAAGCCACUGGGCGGCAGCUCUUUCGUGCCUUCGGUGCCAUCAGGUCCUAAUGGGAUACUCGCUCAAGCCGCGGAGACACCUCUACCGCAGACGAUGGGUGGUGAGAUGGACGAGGAGGAGCUAUAGGACACUCUCGAAGCUCACCAUGACACCCGCUGGCUUUCCAAGAAGGCCAGAUGUACCAGAAAGCUACAGCGGUUGUCUGACAGGCGGAGUAAGAUGAGAUCUUCUUGUGCCGCUGAAUGAUUUCGUCGAAAGAGGGGGAGUGUCAGGCUGAGAGGUCACUAAGGAAGGGAGUGAGGAGAGACGCAGGGGCUGAGAUUUCAUCUGCAAUGCCCUGGAUGAAGGGCAUCAUCAAUCAGUGUCCACCCCAACAUUGACCUGGUGCUCCGCAUGCAUAAGAUCAGGUGCCCGGAAGGAAGCGGUUUACGGGAAAAUGAUACAGCGAAGAAAGAUACCACGCCCUCAAAAAAAACAGACAAAAUCAACUCGAUUAACCAAACCAAUAUCGUUCUCUUCUCUUCUCUUCUCUUCUCUGUAUUCUCGCGGAAACUUGAUAUACACACACGCAAAGCUUCUCGUUUUGUCUUUACUAUAUUAUGUCGCGAAGCAACUGCCGAACUGCUCUUACCGAUUAACGGCUAGCGUUUGUUUUCUGUGUAAACUCCUUGCAUUUUUGCAUAAGAGUAGGAGUCGCGUGGAUUUCCAAUGAGAAAAAAAAAAAGAGAGAAACCGAGACCAAGGAAGAUCGUGUAUCGGGCUACUGCAGUUCGAAUCAUGAUGAAGAGGGAUUAUAAAGAGAAGAGAAGAGAAGAGAGAGAGGGGGGAGGUAGGAAGGAAGGAAGGCAAAAGGAUAUCGGGCUCAUGCAAAAGGGAAAGAGCAUCACCACCAAGAAGCGGAAAUGUCCUUGUUUUUUUUCUUCUCCUUUUUGUGUUCUGUAUCAUCUAGCUUUGUCUUUGACUUGGACUGCGUCUUCUUGAAAGUGAGUGUAUAGAAGAAGUGUAACAUGGAUAGGGACAAGAAGGGGCAAAGAGGCAGACAGGCACACAGACAGACACACAGACACUCAGACAGAGCUUAU